UCAGUCAGUCACCUCACGUCAAUCUUUAUUUUGGAGGUUAAAGUAUCACGAGGUUGAGUAAUUAAUUAACUUCUAAAUAAAAUCUCGUGACAAAAAUUAAAUGCAACUUAUGUUUGGUGAAGAAAAGUGUUAAACUGCGCUAAGAUGGGGCGUCACAAUAACCAGCUGCCGAACAACCUUACACAACUGCAAAACUUGAUCAAAAGGGAUCCUGCGUCGUACAAGGAAGAAUUUCAUCAACAACUCGCUCAUUUUGAUACUACUUUGGAAAUUUUCAACUUAAAUCCAACGCAGUAUAAUAAAAAACUCGAUGAACAGUCCAUGUUCUUAGCCCAAGUGGCAAAAUGCUACCUCAAUGAAAUGAAACUGUUUCCUCAAAAGAUUGUGGAUAUACUGAAAACACAUAAUACAAUCUUGCACAAUGAGAUGAGACUGGCUCUAUGUAAGUGUCUCAUAUUACUUCGGAACAAAAAUUUCAUAUCACCGUUUGAUUUACUUGAGCUUUUUUUUCAACUGCUGAAAUGCCAAGACAAAUACCUAAGAGAGUUCUUGAAGACCCACAUCAUAACAGAUAUAAAGAAUAUUAAUAUGAAACACAAGGACAUGAAAUUUAAUUCAACUCUGCAAAAUUUUAUAUUUUCAAUGCUAAAAGAUACAGAUGCUAGAGCUGCAAAGUUAUCAAUAGAUAUUUUGAUUGAUUUGUACCAAAAAAACAUUUGGAAUGAUCACAAAACUGUGAAUAUUAUUGCUGAUAUUGGUUGCUUCUCUAAGGUUACAAAAGUGAUGGUUGCAUCACUCAAGUUUUUCUUGGGCAAAGAUGAAGAAGAAAAGGAAGAAGAGUCAGAUAGUGAAAAUGAGGUGGACCCUCGAGACACAAUGAUAUCCAACAAGUUCAAUAAAAAAACAAGGAAGAGAGAAAAAAUGGUAGACAAAGUGAAAAAGAUUGCCAAAAAGAUGAAAAAGAAGAAACAAAAAGCACCAUCAUUCAAUUUUUCUGCUUUACAUCUUAUAAAUAACCCCCAAGGAUUUGCUGAAAAAUUAUUCAAGCAAGUAGAAGCGUCCAAUGAUAGAUUUGAAGUCAAGCUUAUGUCUCUUGAUGUGGUAUCCAGAUUAAUUGGCUUGCAUAAUCUGUUUUUGUUUAAUUACUAUCCAUUCAUUGCAAGAUUACUUAUGCCCCACCAGAGAGAAGUUACUCGGAUUUUGCAAUUUGCUGCUCAAGCCUCACAUGAGUUAGUGCCACCUGAAGUCAUUGAACCAGUUAUGAAAGCUAUUGCUAAUAACUUUAUAACAGAGAGAAACUCAACUGAUGUGAUGGCAGUUGGAUUGAAUGCAGUCAGAGAAAUUUGUAGUCGCUGUCCUCUUGCAAUAGAUGAAGAUCUCCUUAGAGAUUUGGUUCAAUAUAAAACUUACAAAGAAAAAUCUGUUAUGAUGGCAGCUAGAUCACUUAUUCAGCUGUAUAGACAGUCCAUGCCAAAUCUUUUACAUAAAAAGGACAGAGGAAGGCCAACUGAAGCUUCAAUAGAGUUGAAAACCAAGAAGUAUGGUGAGAUGGAAAUCAAAAACUAUAUUCCUGGCUCAGAGGUUCUUUUGGAAAAAGAGAAGAUUAAAGAUACAAAGAAGAAAAAUAAAGCAAAAGAUGACUCUGAUAGUGACUCUUGGGUAGAUGUGGCAUCAUCUGAUUCUGAAAUAGAUAUACCUACAGAUAGUGAAGCUGAUGAUGAUGAUGAUGAAGAUGAAGAACAGGCAAGUGAAGAAUCCGAAAAUGAUGAGGAGGACAAUAAUGAGGACCAGGAAGAGAGUAAAGUAGAUGACAAAUCUGUGAAUGUAUCCAAAAAUACUGAAAAUCGAAAGAUAUUGAAAGCAAAACGCAAAGAAAAAGAUCUUGAUAAAGAAGCUAAAAUUAAUACUGCCAGGGAAAUUGCAAUGGAAACGAUUUUCACUGAUGAAGAUUUCAAAAGGAUUGAAGCUGCUCAAGUAAAAAAACAUAUCAGUGGUAUCAAGAGGAAUAAAAGUGCAGUAGAAGAUGAAGAUAAUGCAUCUGGAGAACUUGUGAAACUUUCAGAUAUUGAGAAUAUUCACAAAAAACGUAAACAUGAUAAAAAUGCAAGAAUGGAAACUGUGCUCAAAGGAAGAGAGGAGAGAGACAAAUUUGGACACAAGGACAGAAGGAAAAAUAUUCACUGUUCUAAAACCAACAGAGAAAAGAGGAAGACCAAAAGUUACCAGAUGGUUAAGCAUAAAGUAAAAGGAAAAAUAAAGAGAUCCUUCAAAGAUAAGCAAAUAGCUUUUAGAAAUUAUUUGAUAAAGCAGAAAAAAAUGCGCUAAUUAUCUCCCAUCAUCUAUAUGUUGUUUAAUGUAUUCAUUAUAUUAAAUAAUUUUAUGGUUAAGUAAA